AUGGCGCCAGGUCUCGCUCUACGACCAGCCAACGCGCCGGAAGCAGCCAAGGACCCCGCGACCCCCAAUGGCCAUGUCAACGGCGGCGCAUCCGCCCCUACAAACGAAGACGUGGAAAUGGACGAUGAGGUAGACGAAUCGCUACUCCGCGACCAACUCCGCCAGAACCAAGACGAACGUGCGCAACGACUCCAGGCUAAGAACCGGCGCAAGCGCUACCUCGAAGUGCAUCCCGAAUACUUCUCCGACUCGUCCCUCGAGCUCGCCGAUCCGCUCCUAUACGACCGCCUCAUACGCCGCUUCCAAACCGCAUCCGAGCGCGAAGCCGAAGGGCGCAAGAAAGGCUUCUCGGGCCAGAUGGCUACCGAUCUGUGGCGUGCCGAAGCGAAGAAAGACGCGCUGUCGCAACCCGACCCCAACUCACUCUUCACAUACAACCGCGGACCACAGGGUCAGAUAAUGGAGGAGGAAAAGGAUGAUGUGCCCAUGACGAAGGAGGAAGGGAGAGCGUGGUGGAUCGACGAGAUGACACAGCGCUUCCUGAGAGGCGGAGACGAUGAUUUCGAAUACGACAAGCUCGUCGACAAGAACCCUAGAUACGACGACCCUGAGGCGGAACGAGAUUUAGAGGACGCGUAUUUCGAGAGCAUGGAAAGCGACUUCGAUUCGGACGGGGAGGGGAAGGAGAAGGUGUUGACGGGUGAGACGGGCAUACAGGACUAUUGA